UCACGUUCACGUCGUCCGGCACACUAAGCAGUUGGCGGAGCUAGAGCCAAGAAUAAGGGAUCAGCAUGCGGUAAGCGAUGGGCGCGGCUUGCACAGCUGAUCAAAAUCCUCGUUACGAAGGGACGGAAUUAUAAGGAGGCAUAGGCCUCCAAAUGAAUGAGACACAUAUACAGGGGAGGAGACAUCAUUCUAGCAGAGAAAGUGGUUUUCCGAAGAAAAAGACACUGGGGGAGAGAAAGGCAGAGAGUAGCGGAGGGAAGGGCAGGUUUCAGGCUGAUUUGGGUGGGGGGGGCGGAGGAGCUCCGGUCGGCAGGUCGAAUGGGGACUCGAAACUCACAUUCUGGGGUAGAGUACGAGCUCCAAGCUCUUUCAACGGAAUCUUGAAGCGACGAGUAUUGUCAUUAUACAACACCUUGACUGUGAUCAAAGUGCUGGGACCCACAGCCGAAGUGGGAGCAGUGGGAGUAGCCAUGGUGAUACUGAUAAUGUUGAUUGAUGAUGAUGUCCGACCGUGUGGAAGCUCUUGCUUGGCGUAGAAAUAAGAGGGUCUGGACCUUAUGGAUCAGGCAGCACGGCAACGCUAACGGGCUCGGGCGUGAUCAAGUAGUAGAAGUAGUCUUGAAGUCCAAGUGGCAGAGUACGAGACAGAAUUAGAGCACUAAAACAGCCCAGCUGAGAUGAUGUUAUUUGAGAGAGAAAGAG